UUGGGCUCCAUUUGAAGUGAAGGCCGACAAACAAGGAAAUAGCAAACGACCCAAGUCCAAACUUCCCUAAAAUAAACAUAUUCCUUACCAUGUUUUUAAAACUGAAGACUGAACCAUCGGGAUCUCUCAAUCAUCUCUCUCUGUCUCUCAACGCCCCAAAUUCCUUGGAGCAAAAAACAAUGUUACCCUUGUUUCAAUUUUACAAGAAUCUUAUACUCCAAACAUUGCUCUCUUUAUCACUCACUCUAAUCCUCACAUUCCUUAAAAUCCCGAUUUUCUUUCUUCAAGGUCUUCAGACUUACAUCCACCCUGAAAACGUUGGCAACUCCAACAACGCUUCCUCUGGUGUUAGAGCCGCUAUUCGUAGACCUUCCAGCGCAGAUUCAGGUCCUGGACUUGAUGGUUACCAAUCUUUGUCAUCAAGGACCGAUGUGGAGCUCAAAAAGAGGAACAAAUCUAAAGACAAGUUCGAGUUCGAUGAAAACAAUGCCCAGAUCUUCAGGCUGAAACUCGACGAGGGUCAUCUUCAAACAAGGCUUUUUUUCAAUGAGUAUCACAAUUCUUUUGUUUUCUCCGUUGUGGGUAUUUCCUGUUUGCUGCUUUACAAGUAUUUAGGUCAGUCUGAGGGUUCUGGGGUUUUCGCAAAUGGGAAUUUAAUUCCGGUUAUUUUUGGAUUUAUUGGUUUAACCAAAGUGUUUUUAGCACUUGCAAAGAUAUCUUUUGAGAAAUCUGCUUCUAAGAGGUCGGAGAAGCGAUUUAGUGCAAUUUUUGGCGUUGUGGGGUUUCUUAUAGGGAUUAUGAUUUGUUCUGGAAUUGGACCGUCGGUUUUCGAUUUCCAUUUCGAUUCAGUUGAAGGAUCUUGGAGGAUUUUUCUUGCUAUUUUGAUGGGAUUCCUUGCUGGUUUUUUGUAUAUGCCUGCUGGGAAGAAUGCACGUUCCUUUUGGCUAGGGACUGAUCAGCUUAGAUGUAAUUUGUCCAUAAUUUCUUGUGGAUUGUUUGCUAGAAUGGUUUUGUAUGCCAGUUAUUUGUUAACUGUGUUCACAGCUUUACUUUGGAUUAGUCCAUUAACUGAAAUUCUUGUUAACAAGAAUAGUUAUGAUGGUAGAGGAGACGCUGAGAAGUUGGUUGGAAAUGUGGGUUUUUCAAAAUUAGACUUUACCAGGCUUAGGGUUUUGUGCUUAUUGCUGUCAGGAGUCCUACAAAUUGUGGCUUUACGUUUAAACCUGCAGAUGUUUUUGAAUGAAGCAGUUUUGUCUUGGUAUCAAAGAUUACAUGCCAGCAAGGUCCCAGAUUUGGAUUUUAGUCGUGCUAAGGUUUUUUUGCACAAUCACUACUUAUGCCUUACAGUUUUGCAAUUCUUUGCACCUCCAGUAUUGGUGCUUCUCUUUCUUGGCUUAUCUCAGAUUGACAGUAAUUCAUUUGACAAAUACAACUUGGUUUGUGGUUUACUGCCUUGUUCUGGUUUUGUUAAAGAAGUGGCUUUGUUUAUGGCUUGGUGGAUCAUAUUUGUGUGGGCAGUUAUUACUUCAGCUAGUCUGCUGUUUUAUCGUCGUGGUAUUUUGUAUGUUUUCUGAUAAUUCAGCUUUUUUGUACUGGCAAUCAGUUUUUGACUUGAAAUUUUUGCCUAAUUUUGGAUAGAGAUUGUUUUGCUUGUAACAGAUUAUUACAGAUGUUUGUCGAUACAUUGUAAUGGAAUACAUGGCCCAUGGAAAGUUCUUCCCAGAUGUUUCAUUUCAGUUUAUUUCAUUUAUGGGUUCUAUAGUCAUGCCUGUCUAAAGAUUGAGUUGGAACUUUGCAGAAGUGUGCAAGUGUAGAAUAAUGCGAACCAUAGUUGAAUUUUUUUAGUUUCAUAUCUAUUACUCAUAAGAGAGGCAUGAACUACUAUCAAGACACGUACCUGGACCCUUCAAUCUGUUAUUUUCAGAACAACUGCUGCUACCAGGUUCAACCAUCCCGAUGCCAAAUAAAAUAUGUUCCAUUCAAAUUUUGUCAACCGUAUUCCUAAGAAGGCUUGAUUUAUGAUUCUUAAUUCUGGAUCCAAUGGUGUGGGUGGCAUCAAAUCUUUCCUAAAGAUUUGGUGGCAUCACAAAUUUGUUAUCAGUCCUCUGGUUUUUUUCUUUUCUUCUAAGUUAUAAAUUUUGUUCUGAUUCAUAACUUGCGGGAGGUGGUUUUUAUUGGCAUGGUCCAUUGUAAUAUGAGAUAAAUGCCGGCUAGCUUAUCCCAUUGUAGAUAAUGGGUAGAUAUAAUUGACCACUAUUAUUAUUUUUUUUUUACUAGAAGAAAAUGACUUCUCAGGCCUCAGUUCUCGCAGCCUGAUAAAAAAAGCC